UAACUAAUUUACCGCCAACACAAGCCCUGACGUGCUCUUGCCGCGCAACUCGCUCAGUCCAGCUCAGUCGCUCUUAAGCCGGAUGGGGAAUGUUUUUCUUUUUGGCAAGUUACCUGCCCAAGGUCGAGGUUCUUAGGGCGCUAGCCGCUGCCUGCGAGCGCUGCGGCGUGAGCUCGCUGAAGGAGAAGCGCGUGGACCAGGUCCUGUCGCUCUUCCUGCUGCCCGUGUACCGACGUCUGGGGACGCCCUUUGUGGAGUGCGACAACUGCGGCUGGACCUCGGAGCUGAUCUCGGAGCAACAGGAGGGGCGGCGACAGCUUGCGGAGGGAGCUAGGCGAAGCCCCGGAGUAGCAGCCCAGCCGCAAGCGCAUCCACUGCGGCCGGGGGCCCCGGACAAGGCGCCCAGGCCCUUCCCACAGUCCGCCACGACGGCGCCGCCCACCCCGCCGCCGCACGCUGCUUACGGCAGCGCCUGUGCUCGGUGCCAUGGCCCUGUCUCACCCGAGUUUGUGUUCUGCCCUUCCUGUGGCUUGCGGCUGAAAUGAAGAGCUAUGGGCGUGGUGCAGCAGAAGAGGCAGGGGCGUGAUGCAGCAGGAGAUAGGCAGGAUUAGCACCAGGGGCCACAUGUUGGGAAUUGAUUGCUGGGUUUUGCGCGUGAACGAGUCACAUGAACGGCUUACGGCGCAGUGAGGAGGGGGCAACUUUGUAACUUGGCAGAGACAGUUCGUCGUGCCGGGUAAUGCUGGUUGCAGGACGGAGCGACAGCUUUUUCUUAAAGCGAAGUCAUGGGUGGUGCUGCGGGGCAUGAUGUUGAGGAGAUGAAUUUGACAUUACAGAGACGGGACAGUCCGAAUGGUUCAUUUACAGUGUGCGCUGGCCCCUCAGGAUACUGCCACCCGGCUUCCUGGUAAGCGCAUCCAAUGUUACGCACGAUCA